AUGUCUGCUCCACACCUAAAUGCUGAAUUGCAGCAUUAUCAGAGCCGUCCUCUCUUGUCAAACAGAGCUGAUGGCAACUACAACAUGAGCCCCAUGCAAAAAGCGAUAGGCCAGACGUACCAGAGCACUGGCCACCUUGCGAAACUCCUUCCUUCAGGCACGGUUCUUUCCUUCCAGCUCCUAGCCCCCUCCCUUGCAAAACAAGGCCACUGCGGUGACAUGAAUCGGAUUAUGACAGGAGGGCUUGUGGUGUUCUGUGCACUCUCCUGCUUUGUUCUCAGCUUCACAGAUAGCUUCAGAGAUGUGGAAGGGAAGGUACGAUAUGGGUUCGCCACAUUCAAGGGACUGUGGGUCAUUGAUGGCGGGGCUCCUCUUGAACCACUUGCAGCAGCGGAAUACAGGAUGCGGUUUUUAGAUUUUGUACAUGCCAUUGUUUCAGCGAUGAUUUUUGUUGCAAUCGCACUGUUCGACCAAAAUGUGGUAUCUUGCUUCAAUCCAGUACCAUCCGAGGAUACAAAGCAACUUCUCACAGCAUUGCCGGUUGUCAUUGGAGUUAUUGGGAGCAUGCUGUUUGUUAGCUUCCCUACCACCCGUCACAGCAUCGGCUCCACACUCUCUAGUUCAGCAGUUCCUGUUGAAAAUCAAUCAGUUGAAGUGGAGAUUCAAUUAAGAAGUGGUGAAAUUGAUGAUGAUAUUCGACAGAUUGAAUUUGCAUAUGCGAUCUACGCCUGA